ACGAGCUGUUGUCGCGAAUUAGUUUUCUGUCUUUUUCGCGUGGCCGUUUUUUCUUGUAUUUGCGUCGUACUAACAUGUCUUUGUCUGUUCUUUGGACGGGUGUACAGCUGUCGUUGUCGUGCUUCGAGUUUAAUGGAGUUUCGGAACGUUUAUGUCGUGAUAGCGUGGAAAUUCCAAUGAAUACCGUCCAGUAGUGAUAUCCGCGCAUAUUUUGCACAUUCAUGUUGUGCAUCGUGUCGCGUUUACGUAAACCGUGCUUGUUUGCUUUCCGUCAAAUACCGAGAGCCUUGGUAAUUAUGAAUAAAUGAAGGUGUAGUAGCUGGUAGUUACGAUAUGGCUGAGUACCGAUCUGGUUCUUAUUGUGUAUCAUCGGGAGUAGGCAGUGAUUCAGAAGUCAUGGCAGAGCUAGCUGCAUUUCUUGGUCAGGAAAUCCCUGAAGGGAGAAGCAAUCUUGCAGACAAUCAUAUAAAUCUUGAGCGGGUAGCUGAUUAUUGCGAGGCAAAUUACUUUCAAGCAGAAAAUAAAAGAAUAGCCUUGGAAGAGACAAAGAACUUUACAACACAGUCAUUGGCCAGCGUUGCCUACCAAAUAAAUACUCUUGCCUAUAAUUUUUUACAAUUGCUGGAUUUGCAAACAUCCCAGUUGGCAGAAAUGGAAAGCCAAAUGAACCAUAUUGCCCAAACAGUGAUGAUACACAAAGAGAAAGUAGCUAGAAGAGAAAUAGGAGUUUUAACCUCCAAUAAGAUUACAGUACGCCAGUAUAAAAUUAUUGCACCAGCAAAUCCUGAAAAACCGAUUAAGUAUGUGAGAAAAAGUAUAGAUUACACAGUUUUGGAUGAUAUUGGACAUGGAGUACGCAGCAGUGGUACUCCUAGGAGUAAACAACGUGGUGGUAGUCAGGGUAGUGUUCAAAGUUUAGGUGCAGCCUCCACUGGUUCUGGAUUAGGUGCUGCUAUGGUAGGACCUGCUCCUACAACCAAACCACCUACUCCUCCCCAAACAGUGAGAACAGGAACAUUGAGCAAAGGAUCACGAGAAUACAGGACACCACCUGCAGUUGCUCCGCCUCAAGUUCCUAGUCAUUAUGCCCCCAAUUAUCCAUUGGGUCAUCCUAGAAGAGAACGCGGACCCGGUUAUAGUACCUUACCCUUACACGCUCACACCACGUCUCAUGCAACUCUAAAUACGAAUCAUAGCGCUCACCCAAACACUAUAACUCAACAUACCUCACCGCCCCAAGUAGGAACAGUUCACCCGCUUCAAAGUCAUCCUCAAACACCGCCGCCUGCACCACCUAGCGUGACUGCAGGGUAUAUUUUGGAACAACACAACAGCAUGCCUCCACCACCAUCGCCUCUGGUUGGUAUAACUGGUGAUAUGGCGGAGUAUGGUGGUCAUCACACUCUACCACACAGAUUGUCGCAUCAAGUCAGUCGAAGUAGUGGCGCGAGUAGCCCGCCAUUGCCACCACCGCCCCCACCCGAACAGGAAGAGCAUCCGCAAUUCGGUAGGCCCAUGCAGUCCAGCGGGGCUAUCAUGCCCAUCGUGCCGGACGAGGAGGAUUUGCCCGGUUGGGUACCAAAGAACUACAUCGAGAAAGUGGUUGCAAUUUACGAUUAUUACGCUGACAAGGAAGAUGAAUUGAGCUUCCAGGAAAGUUCUGUAAUUUAUGUAUUGAAAAAGAAUGAUGAUGGGUGGUGGGAGGGGGUCAUGGACGGUAUAACGGGUUUGUUCCCCGGAAAUUAUGUAGAGCCCUGCGUUUAAUAUGUCUUCACGACACUGCAUUUAAAUGUAUCAAAAUUGUGAAUGAUCUUUGUUCACAGAAAGACUGCAAAAUUAAGGGACGCAACCGAAUCCCUGGUUUUAAUAUCUUAUUUAGUAUAUUGAUAAGCGUAACGUUAAGGUCAAUAUCGACCGGGUUGGUCGUUACAACGGUGCGGAACGAUGCUAUAUAUAGCACGGCGUACGUUACAAUAAAAAAUUGUAAUUACAGACACUUCCUACAAAAAAAAAUCUCAAACAUCACGUGAGUUUUCUAAAAAUCAAACUAACCAAUCUUCGUAUCGAUAUGAGAAUGUGUAUUUUUUGGUAAAUAGUAUUCCCCUUUGACGAGCGUUAUUUUACCUCGAUCCGCAACGGAUCGUAUUUAUAUACGUAUAUACAGAUAAGGUGUAAUUAUUACCCCACUAUGCAAUACGUUAGUGGUUAACUGUAUUUAUGUAUCUUAGAUGUAAUCGAGGUGACGUUAGCGAUAGGCUAACGUGUAAUCAAAAUACCAAACGUCCUGUUUAACGAGAAUUCUAGCGCCUUGCAUCGAAUGCAAAUUUUGUAAUAUAAGUUGCUUUCAGGAAUCGAACGUAUCCUGCUAAGGGGCGCGCAGCGUAAAAAAAUUUAUUUUAUAGUGUAUAUUUACUUCAGUAUUUUAUUUAUCGUAAAAAUAAAAUAGAAAGAUAAUCCUCACGUUGCAAAGAUCGUCCCGCAAUCCUGCUCGUUUACGCCAGUUCACAGUGUACCCGCAGCACAGUCAAUUAAUAUAUGUAUCGUUUAGGACUCCAUUAUUUCAUUUUACCAGACAUUGCGAGCCGCGCCAAGGUGAGAAAGCCCGCAUAAUAUUCGCACAUUGUAUGGCGCUAAUUAUGUCAUUAGCGAAUUAUUAAAACAGAUAUAAGUACCAUGUAAUUGGCCAGUUAACGUACCAUUCGUGUCCUCUCUGGUUUCCCUCCUGGUGUACUUUGCAUUUUCCUUUCCAUGCUCCGAGAUGCUUGCAUAGACAAUAAGAGACCUCGUUCCCACGAGGACUAUGAAUUUCGAAAUUGCCUCUGACGUAGAAUUCACGAGUGAAAAGAUAUUGAAUGGUAGUACAGAAUUUUUUAGAUGUGG